UUCACAGAUCAUUUUCCAAUUGAUCCUAUCCAGGAAAAUUAUGUCCGUAAUGUGAGGAACUGCAUUUUUUCAGUUGCCUAUCCUACACCUUUUAAAUCUAGAGUUCUUCUUGUAGCUGUUUCAAAGGAAGUUAUUGAAAAUAUUUUGGAUCUUGAUAUAUCUGUCACAGAAAGAGCUGAUUUUCUCCAAUGGAUCAGUGGUGAGAAAUUGACACCUGGGUCUAUUCCUUUGGCCCACAGAUAUGGAGGUCAUCAGUUUGGUAUCUGGGCAGGUCAGCUGGGUGAUGGAAGAGCCCACCUGAUUGGAGUGUAUACAAACAGUCAUGGUGAGAGGUGGGAAUUACAAUUAAAAGGUUCAGGAAAGACCCCAUACUCCAGGAAUGGUGAUGGAAGAGCAGUGCUUCGCUCUUCCGUGCGGGAAUUUCUAUGCAGUGAAGCUAUGCACUAUCUGGGAAUUCCUACAAGCAGAGCUGCUAGCCUAGUUGUAAGUGACGAUGAUGUAUGGAGAGACCAGUUUUACAAUGGAAAUACUAAGAAAGAAAGAGGUGCAAUAGUUCUACGCCUUGCCAAGUCAUGGUUUCGUAUAGGAUCCUUAGAAAUCUUAGCUCAUUCAGGGGAGCUGGAUUUACAAAGAAAAUUGCUAGACUUUGUCAUCCAAGAACAUUUUCCAUCAAUAGCAAUGAAUGAUUCAAACAGAUAUCUGGAAUUUUUCUCUACAGUUGUACUGGAGACUGCAAAUCUGAUUGCACUGUGGAUGUCGGUGGGUUUUGCACACGGUGUAUGUAAUACAGAUAACUUCAGCUUAUUAUCCAUAACAAUAGAUUAUGGUCCAUUUGGAUUUAUGGACUCCUAUGAUCCAAAUUUUGUUCCAAACACAUCUGAUGAUGAAGGGAGGUAUAAAAUAGGAAACCAGGCGAAUGUUGGACUGUUUAAUCUGAACAAGCUGUUACAAGCUCUAAAACCUUUAUUGGAUCCCAGGCAAAAGCAGCUAGCUUCACAGAUUCUAGAGGAAUAUGGUAAACACUACUACAGCCGUUUUACAGAACUAUUCAAAAGAAAACUGGGUCUUCUUGGGGAGAAUGAGAAUGAUAACUAUUUGAUCGCUUUUCUCCUAAAACUCAUGGAAGAUACAAAAUCUGAUUUUACAAUGACGUUUCGAGAGCUCAGCGAAAUUACUGAAGACCAGUUGAAGGAACUCCAUAUUCCUGAGGAGUUCUGGGCUCUGCAGGAUCUGGCUAAGCACGAGUUGUUUCCGGAGUGGGUUGCUAUGUACCUCUUGAGGUUCAAUCAUAACAAAGGUGAUUCUGACACAAAGAGAAGAAAAAGAAUGGCAAGUGUUAACCCUAGGUAUGUGCUUAGGAACUGGAUGGCAGAAUCAGCAAUACAAAAAGCAAAUUUGAAUGAUUUUUCAGAGGUUCACCUCCUACAGCAGGUUUUACAACAUCCCUUUCAUAGACAACAGGCUGCAGAGAAGGUGGGUUAUUCUCUACGUCCCCCAGGUUGGGCCCGAGAUCUUAAAGUAAGCUGCUCAUCCUGAGCUCUAUGAGAAGACGACCAGGAUCAGAGCUCGGGCCUUCAAAUGGGAUUAAGGAAUCCACUCACAGGAACUUCUCUUUAUUCUUUGUGGACUGGAAUCUGCUGCUCUCUAAAUUAACUUGAUAAAAAAUAAGGAAAUGGACUACUGUGUAUGAUUGCAUUAGCAAUUAAUAUUCUAUUUAUAAUUCUUCAUCUGUACAAUCACUUGAAUCUCAGUAAUGCAAUGCUGCCAAACUAUCACAGUUAUCUCAGAAAUCAGGUUUUACUGGUCAGAUCUCUGCGAAUUUUAAUGGCUGGUCAAUUUAAAAUCCAUAUAUGCAAGUUUUAAUUAUACAGUAUUUUGAUGAAUGUUUUCACAUACAUACUGUGAACAUACUGUGAAAUACUCUCCAAAUAAAUUUCACA